UGCGUGCGCGCGCGCGUCUCAUUCCCAGGGUGAUCCACACAGAGAGAGACGUGCACAUGAAGAGGCAGCUGGUGGAGGAUGUGAAGACCAGGAUGAAGUUCCUCCUGGAGACUGAGAAGACACACAGAGGACUGGUGGAGGAGCUGGAGAAGAAAGUGAAGACCUUGACAGAGGAGGCCACUAACAGGAAGGCCUAUAUAGACUCUCUGAAGAGGAGGCUGAGUGUAGCCACUAAAGAGAAGAGUCAGUAUGAGACGACCUGUCAGGAUCUCAAGGAGGGCCUGGACAAGAAGGAGCAGUGUGUGGAGGCCCUGCAGGCCCGUGUGAGGGCCAGUGAGCGGGCCCAGGCUGAGCUGGAGCAGACAGCAUCCCGUCAGAUGGAGGGUCUGGCCCAGCAGAGCACCGUGGCCCUGGAGGCCCUGCACAGACGACUGGGCCUGGCCCACACACAGCUGGAGCAGCUACAAGCCUUCACUAAGGCUCUGGCAAGCGAAACUCUCCGCGAGGUGCAGGACGCCAAAUCGCAGCUGAGGAAGAACAGGAAGAUGGCGGAGAAGAAGAAGGCAGAAGGUGCCGGAGGGCUGUCCAAGCAGUCCAUGGUCAAGGCCCAGUCCAUUGCUGCGUCCAUCCUCAACAUGACCGAGAUGGACCUGGCUGAAAUGCUGGACACCGAUGAGGAGGAGGAUGAUGUGGCAGCAGACAGCAGGAGAGACCAGGAGUGGCUGGACCAGGUCAUGAAGAUCCUCCAACAGCAGAUCCCCUCUGCUGCUCUCCUAAUGGAGGUGCUGUGUGUGAAGAUGAAGGAGAGGAAAGUGCUGACAGAAGCGCUGGCCGCGCUCACAACACCAGUCAGCGAAAUCGCCUGACUCCCACUCCGGGGCUGAGGGCUGCGGCUGGGAAAAACUGUCAUCCUCUCACUCUCCUCCUCCUCUUCUCUCUCCAUCCCUCCUUCGUGCCCAGGCCUUUCUUUCUCAGCGGGGGCUGAGUUGGCCAAGUAAACCUGAAGUUGCUCUCUGUGUGUGUGCGUGUGCGUGAGCGCGCACGUGUAUGAAGUUGCCUCCACGCCGCACUUCCAGAACAAAUAUUUACGAGAAAAGCGCUGUCGACUCACUCCGAGCCACUCGCUCACGCAGCGGUCUAGUGCCGUGCCGGGGCCCAGCCUUUGUAAAUGAGCCCCCAACAUCUGCGUUAGUGGUUAGCGUGCUCCAUCUGCGAGACAGGGCCCUUUAGCGUCAGGCUAAUUUACAGUACAGAGACAAACGCUCUCUAUCUCUUUCUCUCUCUACUCCAAACGCCAUCCUGAGGUGAUGAUAACAUUAUGCUUACGUUUUUACUUCAAGUUAGACAUGAUUUGUUAUGUUUUUUUUAUUUUGAUAUUUUCAGUAAUUUAUUGUGGAUCUCAAGGACCCCCCAGGGUGCUCGGAGUGGGACCUGACCCAACAGUGCAGACUCAACGAAAGAAAAAGUAUCCUCUUAAAGUAAGAAGCAGACAUACUCUCUCUCCUCUUAGGAUAUACUGGACUCAAACCCGACACAUGCAUUCCAUGUCCCAUUUGGACCGGUUGGAUUCCAUUGUUCCAUUCACGUUUCAGUGACCAAAUGCUCUUAACGUGAAUGAUAGCAUAAAAUAUACAUUUUGUGUGUUUUGUUUGUUAUGUCUAGGUAUAUUCUGAAAUGUGUUUUAUUUCAGGAUACUACUAGACAUUUGUGUGUUCACUUCAUACUGUAUUUUGCAAUAGGUAAUUAUGUUAUAUUGUUAAUUGAUUGAAACUGAAUUGAAAUAAAAGUGCGUUGCCAGUUGUUUUAUUUUUA